AUGGGCAAGCUGCUCGCGCUGGAGUUGUUCAACUUCAAGUCAUACAAAGGCCAUCAUGUCAUGCAAUUCGGCGAUUCGCACUUCACAUCCAUCAUCGGGCCCAAUGGAUCGGGGAAGAGUAAUUCCAUGGACGCCAUCUCCUUUGUGCUGGGCAUCAAAUCUUCGCAUCUGCGGUCCACCCAUCUCAAGGACCUGGUCUAUCGUGGGCGGGUACUCAAACAAGCCAAAAUCGCCGCCGAUGGCACCGCAACCGAAGAUGCGCCUGAUGCUGAUGAUGCUGAAGGCGGCGCGUCAGACGAAGAGACCCAGACUAGUACCCAACAAGCACGAUCAGACCCACAGACCGCGUGGGUCAUGGCCGUGUUUGAGGACGACGCCGGCGAGGAGCAGAGGUGGAAGCGCAGCAUCACUGCAGCGGGAACAUCCGAAUAUCGCAUCAACAACCGUCCCGUGACGUCUAAAAUGUACAAUGAAUCACUGGAAGCCGAGAACAUCCUUAUCAAGGCCCGCAACUUCCUUGUCUUCCAGGGUGACAUCGAGCAGGUUGCCUCCCAAUCCCCCAAAGACCUCACGCGUCUGAUUGAGCAGAUCAGCGGUUCGCUGGAGCACAAGGCCGAGUACGAGAGGCUAAAGGCAGAGAAGGAAAAGGCAGACGAGGAGCAGGGAUAUAAGCUCCAACAGCGUCGCGGUAUCAAUGGCGAGAUCAAGCAAUACCAACAGCAAAAGGAGGAGCUCGACAAAUUCGAGCGGACACGCGACGAGAAGGACCAGGCCAUUGUGACUCAUGUGUUGUGGAAACUCUUCCACUUCCAACGGACGAUUGAGGAGAGCACAAGCGAGAUGCAGAAACACCAGGCUGAGUUGAAGGAGUUCCGUCGCAAUGUGCAGAAGUACCAGGACCGCCUGGAGGCUGCUAAGACCGAGCAAGCGAAGUCUGGCCGCGAAGUGCACAAGUGUGAGCGUGAGAUUAAGCGCCGAGAGCAGGAGGUUGAGCAGAAGGAGAACGAGCUUGUGCCUGUGGAGGAGACCCUGUCCAUCAACAAAUCCAAGGUUGACGUGGUGGAGGCGCAUCGCCAAACCAUUGGCAAGGAACGUGACGCGAUACAAGCGAACCUUGACAAGCAUAGUAAAAGUCUAACCGCUGUCCAGACUUCACAGAACCGAUGGGAGAAGGAGUACCGCGCGAAACUGCAACAAGCGGGCACGGCACUGAGCGAAAAAGACGAGGCCGAACUGCAGCGGUUGAAGGCGGAAGUUUCCAAGCAAGCCGGUGAAGACCAGAGGAAGAUUACGAGUAUAACGCGUGAGCUGCAGAGCGACGAACAGACUGCCAUAUCGCUCAAGUCUCAGCUUGACGGUACCGAGGCCCAGGUCGCGAGCAUGCAGGAUGAAUUGGUCCAGCUACAAGAAAGACGGGWUCAGUUUGCUGCCAAUCUCAAGACGACGAGCAAGGAGUAUGAGAAGAAAACCCUCGCCAUCAACUCUCUCGUCAGCGACCGUGACCGCACGGAUCAGAUGAAGAGAGAAUUGGACGAAAAGUUGCACGCCGUCCUUACUAAGCUACAGGAGGCCCAAGGCUAUCAGCGUGAGUCCCAAAAGGAAGCCAACCAGAGAGAGAUAGUGUCUCAAUUGAAGCGGAUUUAUCCUGGCGUACGAGGGCAACUUGGGCUUUUGUGUCGGCCGAAGCAGAAAAAGUACGAGGUCGCGCUCGCGACCGUUCUGGGUCGGCACUAUGAUUCAAUUGUGGUUGAUUCUGAGAAGACCGCAAGAGAAUGCAUCCAGUACCUCAAGGACCAGAGAUCUGGACAGCUCACGUUCAUUCCCCUCGACACCAUCAUUCACAAGCAACCCAAUGCAAAUCUUCGUGGAAUGCAUCCCGGCAUGAGGUUAGGAAUCGACACUAUCGAUUUCGAUUCCAAUCUUGAGCGUGCCAUGGGCUUUGCAUGCGGAGACGCCAUCGUCACGGAUAGCAUUGCCAUUGCCAAGACUCUGAUCUUUCAACGCAACGUCGAUGCCAAAGCCGUCGUUCUGGAUGGUACCGUCAUCCACAAGGGCGGAAACAUGACCGGAGGUGCAAGCAGCUUCGAUAAGAAACGCCGCUUUGAAGACGCUGAAGUCGAUGCAUUACGAUCGCACGUGGAGAAGUUCAGGGCAGAUAUUGACGCUCUGCCCAAAGGACACAAGCGACAAGCUGAGGAGGAGCAGCUUCGAUCCGAGCUCGUGGGUCUGGACGUCAAGCAAAAGUAUCUGAAGGAUGAACUCAGGGCCCUUGAUCGCAACAUUGACGACAAAAGGCGCGAAUUGCAACAUCUACAGGCGCAGGCCAAAGAAGUGCGACCGAGAUACGAAAAACAGGUUCGUGGCGUCGAUUCUUUGAGGCGGUCGCUUGAGGAGCACCAGGCAUCUGCYGCUGAGGUCGAAGACGAGGUUUUUGGAGACUUUUGCAAGCGUCUUGGAUACAGCGACAUCCGCGAGUAUGACAAGCAGCAGGGAGUCUACGAGGCCGAAAACCGACAAAGAAUGCAGGACUUCAAGACGCAGAUAUCAAGGCUUCAGCAAUUGAUUGAGCUUGAGAAGCAGAAUCUGAAGAAAUGCGGCGAGCGUCUCGAUACAGUAAGAAGAUCGGGCAAAAAUUACGAAGACAAGGUCGCGGAAUGUCAAGCGCGGAAGGAGAAGCUGGACGGCGAAAUUGAGCAACUCAACGAAGAAAUCGAAGAGCUCAAUGCGAAACUUGAAGAUCUCAAGAAGGAGUUCGAUGAUCGCGCUGAGGUCGUUCAAGAGGCGCGACGCGAAUUACAGAAGCGCAGCAAGGGCGUUGACAGCACACUCAAGGAGAUAUCAGCUUUGGAGGCAGACAUGCAAAAAGCUGCGACAGGGCGGUAUGGUGUUUUGAGGACGUGCAAAGUCGAGAACAUAUCGCUGCCCUUGCAACGCGGCAGUCGGAAGAUUGACGCCUUGCCUCUUGAAGACGCAAUGCUUGACGAUGAGGAGGACGAAGACGCCAUGGAUGUCGAUGAUGAUGACGGCAACGCGGCAUUGGCGAAAGUCAAGGACUAUGGCAUCCACGUCGACUUUGACAAGCUGGAUGAGGAUCUCCAAGAAGACGGCAGCGACGAGUGUGAAGCAGCUCUGGCGGAAAAUAUCUCCAGUCUCCAGACCGCACUCGACAAGAUGGCACCCAACAUGCGAUCUGCCGAUCGUCUCGAAACCACCUCCCACCGUCUGAAAGCCACCGAGAACGAGUUCAACGCUGCCCGCCUCGCUGCCAAGACAGCCACCAAAGACUUUGAAGCCGUGCGGAAAGUCCGCAUGGACCUCUUCAAGAAAGCCUUUGAUCAGAUCUCCGAGCAGAUUGGACACGUAUAUCGCGCGCUCACAAAGACCCAAUCAUUUCCCCUGGGAGGCUCGGCUUCACUUGACGUUGAGGACGACGACGAACCCUACCUCAGUGGUGUCAAAUAUCAUGCCAUGCCUCCUCUCAAGCGUUUCCGUGACAUGGAGCAUUUWUCUGGUGGAGAGAAGACCAUGGCUGCAUUAGCACUGCUAUUUGCGAUUCAUCAGUUCAAGCCCAGUCCAUUCUUCGUGCUGGAUGAGGUGGAUGCUGCGCUCGACCACGCGAAUACCACGCAGUUGGCGCAGUACGUGAAGGAGCAUGCGGGACCUGGAUAUCAAUUCGUGGUGAUUUCGUUGAAGACUGGAUUUUUCCAGAAUAGUGAGACGUUGGUUGGUGUCAUGAGGGAUCAAGGAGUGAAUAGUUCGAGGGCGUUGACGCUUGAUUUGCGGAAGUAUCAAGCGGUGUAG